CAGGGCCUGCCCGUGGGCGCCGGUGCCCGGGGGCGGUGCCGGUGUCCGGUCGGUGUCGGUGCCCGCAGUGCCGGUGCCCGGGGGUGCCAGUGUCCGGCUCUUCCAGCCCUGCUUGGGCACCGCCUUCCCCGGGACCAGCCCAGGGCCGGCUCGGCCGCUGGCUCCGGUGCUCCAUUGCUGGUCCCAGGGCCCGUCCCGGACCGGCCGCUCCCUCGGUACCGGUUCCCUGGCGCAGUGGCCCCUGGCUGUGGAGCCGAGAGGCCUCUCCCUGCCCGGCCUGCUCGGCCCGGGGGCUGCCCGGAGCCUGCCUGGUCUCGGUCGGUGCCGAUUUCCCCUUCAUCUCUCCAUCCCUUCCCCAGCUCCGGGCCGCUGGGACCGGGCCGGGCCGGGAGGAUGGAUCGGUCGGCCGGUCCUAAACGGGAGUGACAGGGCUGGCCCGGGGGUCUCCAGCCCAUCCGGGGGUUUUCUCGGUGUUGCCGCUCGGUACCAGCCCGGGGUGCGGUGCCGGGUCCCGCUGCCGUGCUCGGACCAGGGAUGGUUCCGGCAAGAGGUGACCAACCCCCUCAGGGACAGCCCACGGUGCUGGGGUCACCCCGAGCCUUGGGGUCGGAGGGUUGUGUGGAGCUGAGGUAUCCCGAGGCUUUUCCAAAGCAUUUCAUUCCUGGCCCCAGCGCCGUUCUCUCCCACGGCUUCCUCAGAAAGGUCCCUGGAAUGCCAGGGGAGGGAUGUGAGGGGGAAUCUUGGAGAACCUGAGGUGGUUGGAUCUUCCCCGAUCUCAGACUCCUGGAAUUCGGGAUUGUUCUGAUGUGGAUCUGCCUCUCUGUUAGGAGUGGGAGCCCCCAAAUUUAGCAGAUUGCUUGGGGAUUCAUUCAGGGGUGGGUGCCCCAGAAUUUGUGUGGGUUUGCUCCUUUCUCAGGAAUAUGUGCCCCAAAAUUUGGGAUGGUUCUGCUGUGGCUAUGCUCCUUGCUCAGGGCUGGGUGUCCUGAGAGGGUUCUGGUGUGGGUCUGCCCUGUGCUCAGGUGUAUGUGGGUCCCAAAAUGCUGCUCAGGGUCUGCUCCUCACUCAGAAGUGAGUGCCCCAAAAUUUGGGAGAGUUGUGGUGUGGAUCUGCCCCUCAGUCAGGAGUGGGAGUCCCAUAAUUCAGGAGAAUUCUGCUCAGGGUCUGCCUCUCACUCAGGAGCGGGUGCCCCAAAAUUUGGGAUGGUUCUUGUAUGGGUUUGCCCCUCUUUGGGAUGGCUCUUGUAUGGUUUGCCCCUCACUCAGGAGUGGGUGAGAAUUCUGCUCUGGAUCCUCGCCAUGCUCAGGAGUGAGAACCUCAUAAUUCAGGAGAGUUCUGGUGUGGAUUUGCCCUGUGCUCAGGAUGCUGAAAUUUGUGAGAGUCUUGCUGUGCACCUGCCCCACUCAGGGCUGGUGCCCUGAAAUGCUGUGGGUCAAUGUUCUUGGCUUCUGUAAAGGGAGCUGAUGGUAUUUUGUGCUCUAAAGGUUCUCCUGGCUGUUUUUGCAGUCUCUCCAAAGCUGUUUGAAGUUGUUUCAUCCUCACUAAUCCCAUCUGCUGGGACAGCACAGGGGGAUAGCCCAAAUUUUCCCAAUUUUGUGUGAAAUGGGUGAGCUCUAAGAGCUGCUUGAUCUCAGAGAACCCUGUCCCUGUGUCCUGCUGUGUUUGUUGUGCUUUGGGGGCUCCCCCCGUGCUUUGGGGGUGCUGCAGUGGAUGCAGCACAGCCCGUGGGGACGCAGGAGGUGGGCUGGAGUUGCCUCGGUAACGUUUGUGCUGCUGCAGGAAUGUUUCUGGUCCCUAAACCAGGAAGAUCAGCCCUGGAUUUGCAGGAGGAUGAGGGCUAUUCGGAGUCACCAGACCUGGAGUUUGAAUACGCAGACACGGAUAAAUGGACAGCAGAGCUGUCAGAGCUGUACAGCUACACAGAGGGGCCAGAGUUCCUGCUCAACCGAAAAUGCUUCGAGGAGGACUUCAGGGUCCACAUGCGGGACAAGAGGUGGCCGGAGCUGGAGCGGACGCAGCACCGCACGCACGCCAUGCGCCUGCUGGACGGGCUGGAGGUGACGGCGCGCGAGAAGCGGCUGCGCGUGGCACGCGCCAUCCUCUACGUGGCACAAGGCACCUUCGGGGAGUGCAGCUCCGAGGCCGAGGUCCAGGCUUGGAUGAGGUACAACAUCUUCCUCCUGCUGGAAGUGGGAACCUUCAACGCCUUGGUGGAGCUGCUCAACAUGGAGAUUGACAACAGCGCAGCCUGUUCCAGUGCCGUGAGGAAACCGGCCAUUUCCCUGGCUGACAGCACCGACCUCAGGGUGCUGCUGAACAUCAUGUACCUGAUUGUGGAGACUGUGCGCCAGGAGGCCGAGGGGGACAAGCCUGAGUGGAAGAGCAUGAGGCAAACCUUCCGAGCAGAGCUGGGAGCCCCCCUGUACAACAACGAGCCCUUCUCUGUCAUGCUCUUUGGGAUGGUGACCAAAUUCUGCAGUGGCCACGCUCCACACUUCCCCAUGAAGAAGGUGCUGCUUCUGCUCUGGAAGACUGUGCUGUGCACCCUGGGAGGGUUUGAGGAGCUGCAGAGCAUGAAGGCAGAGAAGAGGGAGAUGCUGGGCCUGCCCCCGCUGCCCGAGGACAGCAUCCAGGUGAUCCGCAACAUGCGGGCGGCCUCCCCGCCCGCCUCCGCCUCCGACCUCAUCGAGCAGCAGCAGAAGCGCGGCCGCAGGGAGCACAAGGCCCUCAUCAAGCAGGAUAACCUCGAUGCCUUCAAUGAGCGGGAUCCGUACAAAGCUGAUGAUUCCCGCGAGGAAGAAGAGGAAAAUGAUGAUGACAACAGCCUGGAGGGAGAGACCUUCCCCCUGGAACGGGAUGAAGUGAUGCCCCCCCCUACCCAGCACCCCCCCAGUGACCGCAUCACCUGCCCCAAAGGGCUGCCCUGGGCCCCCAAGGUCCGGGAGAAGGACAUUGAGAUGUUCCUGGAAUCCAGCCGCAGCAAAUUCAUCGGCUACACUCUGGGCAGUGACACCAACACCGUGGUGGGCUUGCCCAGGCCCAUCCAUGAGAGCAUCCGCACCCUGAAGCUGCACAAGUACACGUCCAUUGCUGAGGUGCAGGUGCACAUGGAAGAGGAGUACCUGCGCUCCCCGCUCUCCGGAGGGGAAGAGGAAGUGGAGCAAGUCCCUGCAGAGAUCCUGUACCAGGGCCUGCUGCCCAGCCUGCCCCAGUACAUGAUUGCUCUGCUGAAGAUCCUCCUGGCUGCAGCCCCCACCUCCAAAGCCAAGACAGACUCCAUCAACAUCCUGGCCGAUGUCCUGCCUGAGGAGAUGCCGACCACGGUGCUGCAGAGCAUGAAGCUGGGCGUGGAUGUCAAUCGGCACAAGGAGAUCAUCGUCAAGGCCAUCUCUGCCGUGCUGCUGCUCCUGCUCAAACACUUCAAGCUCAACCACAUCUACCAGUUUGAGUACAUGGCCCAGCACCUGGUCUUUGCCAACUGCAUCCCGCUCAUCCUCAAGUUCUUCAACCAGAACAUCAUGUCCUACAUCACUGCCAAGAACAGCAUCUCCGUGCUGGACUACCCCUACUGUGUUGUGCACGAGCUGCCGGAGCUGACGGCAGAGAGCCUGGAAGCUGGAGACAACAACCAGUUCUGCUGGCGGAACCUCUUCUCCUGCAUAAACCUCCUGCGCAUCCUGAACAAGCUGACCAAGUGGAAGCAUUCCCGCACCAUGAUGCUGGUGGUGUUCAAGUCGGCGCCGAUCCUGAAGAGGGCUCUGAAGGUGAAGCAGGCCAUGAUGCAGCUCUACGUGCUGAAGCUGCUCAAGGUGCAGACCAAGUACCUGGGCAGGCAGUGGAGGAAGAGCAACAUGAAAACCAUGUCAGCCAUCUACCAGAAAGUGCGGCACCGCCUCAACGACGACUGGGCCUACGGCAACGACCUGGAUGCCCGUCCCUGGGAUUUCCAGGCAGAGGAGUGUGCCCUGCGUGCCAGCAUCGAGCGCUUCAACUCGCGCCGCUACGACCGUGCCCACGGCAACCCCGACUUCGUGCCCGUGGACAACUGCCUGCAGAGCGUGCUGGGCCAGCGCGUGGAGCUGCCCGAGGAUUUCCAGGUCAACUACGACCUCUGGCUGGAGCGGGAGGUCUUCUCCCGGCCCAUCUCCUGGGAGGAGCUGCUGCAGUGAUGGACGCAGGGAGGCAGGAGGGGUCGCUUGCUGAGCUCGAGGCUGACCUGCUGGCAGGGCAGGGCAGCGAGGUUUGGGGGUCUCUGGGUGGCUGUGCUCUUGUGGUGGGCUUGGGAAGAGGAUGGAGCUGAGACCACAUCCUGCCCUUCUGCCUCCUUCCAGGCUCAUCCCAAAGCUGAGGGUGCCCUGGGGGUUUCUGGUUUGGGGGGGAUCUCUGCUUACCCCAUGUGAUGCUUUCAGAGGCACCGCCCUUCUCGUGCCCCCCAGCCAGGAAGGGGGAGCAGGUGGCAGUGUGGGAGUGGGGUCCUUGGGUGGGACACCAGGCUGGCCCUGCCCAGCCCCUCUGGGGGGUUAGGGGGCCUGUGGGGGCUGAGGGGCUGGGGUGGCCUCCCCUCACCCCACGAGGGGUGCAGGAGCUGUACAUAUAUUAUAUAUAUUUGGUGAUACCUCU